AUGGCGGGUGGGAAAGCUCCUCGAAAGGGCAAGGACGGCGCGUCGCGGAGAUUCCAAGGAAUCGAGUUUCAGAAGAGCAAGGGGCAGCACAUUCUGAAGAACCCCAUGGUGGUGCAGUCAAUCGUGCAAAAAGCAGGCGUCAAGUCGACGGACACCGUGCUCGAAAUCGGACCGGGAACGGGCAACCUGACGGUGAAGCUGCUGGAGGCGGGGAAGCGCGUGGUGGCGGUGGAGUUGGAUCCGCGCAUGGUGCAAGAGCUCUCGCGCCGCGUGCAGGGCACGCCGCUCGAAAACAAGCUGCAGAUCAUCCAGGGCGACAUCUUGAAGGUGGACCUACCGUACUUUGACAUCUGCGUGGCCAACAUCCCGUACCAGAUCUCCUCGCCCAUUGUGUUCAAGCUGCUCUCGCACCGCCCGCUCUUCCGCGCCGCCAUCAUCAUGUUUCAAAAGGAGUUUGCGCUGCGCCUGCUUGCUCGCCCGGGGGAUAACCUGUACUGUCGCCUCAGUGCCAACUCGCAGCUGCUCGCGCGCAUUCACCAUCUGCUCAAGGUGGGGCGCAAUAACUUCCGCCCGCCACCCAAGGUGGACUCAAGCGUGGUGCGCAUAGAACCACGGCACCCGCUGCCGCCAAUCAACCUGCAGGAGUGGGACGGGCUGCUGCGCCUCUGCUUCUCGCGCAAGAACAAAACCCUAGGCGCCAUCUUCCGCCAGAAGAACGUCCUGAACCUGCUGCAUGAAAACAUGCUCACCUUCCAGGCGUUGCAGGCUGCCGGUGGGGUGGCAGCGGCAGGGCAGGGUGUGGCGCAGGGACGUGCUGCUGAUGUGUUCAUGAAAGAUGAUGACUGGGAGGAGGGCGAGGUGGAGGAUGGGGAGGAGGAAGAUGGUGUGGAAGCGAUGGAGGAGGAGGGUGAAGGGAGUGGAGGGAAGGGAGGGAAGGGAGGGAAGGGGAGGGGAGGGCCAUUGCCUGAGUUCAAGGAGAAGGUGUUGGAUGUGUUGAAGGCGGAGGGGUAUGAGGACAAGCGGUCGUCCAAGCUGUCUGAAGAUGACUUUGUGCAUCUACUAGCUAUCUUUAAUCGUGCAGGAAUUCAUUUUGGGUGA